CGCUUGCUGCAGCUGCAGUUCUCAACUCGCGCUGUCGCUAUGCGGGCCCACCGGUUGCUAUGCAAUGCAGCGUGAGUGUUGCACUGUUGCCAGGGAAAGAGCGAUGGAGGCGGUAACCGGUCGCACAGUCUUUCGGGACGGUGGCUGAGGGCGAACUUGAUGUCAGCGUCGUUUUGAAAGGUCUUUCGUAGCAUGGUUAGGAAUGAGAGCACUUCUGUAAUAUACGAAUGCAUAUUGAAUCUUGUUAUUUGAUUUCAUAUAUAAUUUUUUAGAUAGUUAUUAAUCUAAUUUACUGUACCGCGUUGGGAACGAAUUAGAAACAACCGCAAGUUGCUAGCUACGCUACUUCGCCACUCAGCUAGCUAGCUUGUUGCUCAGAGUCACGCUGGUGCUGGUUGAGGAAGGAGAGUGGCGAAAGAGACGGGGGACGGGGGACACUGCGGGUAGUGGAGUCAGGAGCGGCCGAUGAGUUCUGAAAUUGAGCAGGGUCAGAAGCCGCAGAAGGAGGUGAUCAUCCUAGGAUCGGAUCACCGUGUUUGUGGACAAGAAGAGAAACUAUCAGAAAACAGCGUGGAUCAAGGCGGCAUGGUCACCACAAAAGGAGCUGGCUUGAACCCCAACGCCAAAGUAUGGCAAGAGGUCUCUGCCCCCCAGGACCAGGUUCCAGAGGAAGGGACUGAAGGCUCCCACUUGCAGCAGACCUCCCCUUCUUCUGCUGAUAUGACUGAGGAGACUCCCCCUGCUGUGGGGACGGAGUAUAGCAUAGAGUAUCCUGACCUGUCAGACAGCAGUGCUACUGUGACCCCUGGGGGAGUGAUGAAUGGCCUGGACCACUCUGAGCUGGCCUUUCCCAUUUAUGAGCCUCUGACUGACCCAACAGUGGAGGGAGAGAUUCUGGAACAGCAGCAGCAGCAGCCGCUCUCUGAAGAGAGCCUGUGCGAGUCCCUGAAGAAACAGCUUGAGUUCUGCUUCUCCAGAGAGAAUCUGUGUAAGGACCUGUACCUGAUGUCCCAGAUGGACAGCGAUCAAUUUGUCCCCAUCUGGACGAUCGCCAGCAUGGAGGACAUCAAGGUUCUCACUACUGACAUGGACAUCAUCCUCAAAGUGCUGAGAGCCUCUCCAAUGGUGCAAGUAGAUGAGACAGGGGAGAGGGUACGACCCAACCACAAGCGCUGCAUCAUCAUCCUGAGGGAGGUCCCCGAGACCACACCUGUGGAGGAAGUGGAGGCCCUGUUCCAGAAUGACAACUGUCCAAAAGUGAUUAGUGUUGAAUUUGCACACAACAACAACUGGUACAUAACAUUCCAGUCGGACACAGAUGCACAACAGGCCCACAGAUACCUAAGAGAGGAAGUAAAAACAUUUCAGGGAAAACCCAUUAUGGCACGAAUCAAGGCCAUCAGUACAUUCUACGCUAAGAAUGGCUACCGCAGCGUGGACUCCAGCGUGUACAGCCAGCACUCCCAGAACCAGAACCAGUACAGCACCCCCGUCUACAUGCAGCAGAUGUACAGCCCCCCUCAGCAGUACCCGCUCUACCCUCUGGUGCCCCCCACAUGGAACCCCUCACCCACUCCUUACUUUGAGACACCACUGGCCCCAUUCCCCAACAGUGGCUUUGUUAACGGCUUCAGCACCUCUGGAAACUACAAGCUAGGCUCCAGUCCCCUGGGCCUGGGCCGGCCCUUCAACAGGACCCGUGCCCCCCUCUAUUCCAGGAAAAAUGUAAUCAAUGCCUUCAGGAACCACGUGAAAAGCCAGCCCAGGCCUGGGGACGCGCCCUCCCCUCCCUGUGUGACCCCAGUCCCACUGGUGGACGGUCUCUCUGGCCCCUCCAGCACCCAGCCCCCCAGAACUGCAGCCGGAGGCCCUUUGCACACCACCCAAGAGCCUGCUUCUCCCCUCACCCUCAGGGAUACCAUGCCACUGACCUCAGACGCCAGCGCAGACAUGGGCAUAGCUGGCCGUGGCCGGAGAGGAAGCUACAGAGGUGUGCGGAGGCGGAGAGAGGACGAGCGGACCACGAGGUCCAUCCCCUUGGCCGAGGUCAAGGUACCGCCUCCCAAGUUUGACCUGGCGACCUCCAACUUCCCCCCGUUGCCAGGGUGUGUAGUCAGUACGCAGGGAGAGACUGUGCUGGAGACACGCAUGUCUGACGUGGUGCGAGGUCUUAAGGCUAGCGACAAGUUUGAGGUCAAACAAGAGAGUGCGGUGCCUCCCUGCAGUGCCCAGCAGGACAGUGUGAACACCCCAAGUCCCACUGCAACAACCCCCAAAGCCACUCCACCCACCGUGGAGCCCCCUGUCCCAAGUGUUGCUCAUCAGGUAAAGGAUGUGGAAACGUCCGAGCCUCCAGCCCCUAAGGAGACAGCCCCGCCCCCUGCCCCAGCCGCCUCUCUGCCAGCCUCACCUCUGCCUGUGCCUGCUAGCAAGCCCGCCCGCAGCCAGCCAGUGUGCCCCACAACAACGACCCCCACUGUCCUCACGCCUGCACAGGAGCCAAGGAAGCUGAGCUACGCUGAAGUGUGCCAGCGGCCAGCCAAGGACCCACCACCCACACCCAGCCUAUCGCCCCCCCCACCCACCCACUCUUCAACCAGCCAACCCCUGAGGGAGUUGCGGGUUAACAAGGUAGAAGAGUCCGCCUCAUCUCCCAGCAGCAAUUCUGACAGGUCAGAGAAACCCUAUGAGAGAAACGGUGAAGGCCGUGCCGCCCGUGCCCCACUGGGCUCAUACCGUGGAGGCAACCGUGACACCCGUGGUGGGGUGGGGCUAAAGAUCCGCGAUCAUCAUCAGAGGUCCUAUCCCAUUGGUCGACGAAUCUCCCCUCAGGGAGGUGCCAGACGGAGUGGCAAGGAGCAGAAUAUUCCCCCUCGGUCACCAAAGUAGAUAACAACACAACAACAAUCAGUGGACUUACAGGAAUAAAUCAUCACAAAUCUGUAUACGUAUAUAUGUAUAAAUGUAUGUAUAGAGAGAUAUAUGAACAUAUAAAUAUUAUUGGAUUGAAGAACUUGGGUGUUCUAUAAGGUCCUCCUUUUGUUGUGCCCUACUCAGGCCAACGACUGGGAACGUCCACAAGUAUAGAGCUAUUAGGGGCAGGGGUGUCGCACAUGAAUUAGACUGGAUAGAUAGACCACGUAAGGGAUGUUGAACAGCAGCCUCCAUAUGACAAAUUUGAAGGAUUUGCGUGACCAUUUUCCCCCUGGCUAAAUCUGACUAUGCUUAUUGUUGGUUGUAAAUUGAGUUUUGGGGUAGGUAGUAAUAAAACACGUUAAUGCCAUGCAUAUCCAGAGUACCGGUUUUGAAGAAAAACUAAGACCUGUUAACACGCAUUUGUAAACAAAUUUGAUAUGCAAUACAAUAAGGCAAUUGAAACUGUAGGGAGUAGACACAUCCUAAUUAAUUGACAUUGAAAUUGACUAGCUGUCCCUGAAUUUUACAGAUGGUUGUUGGUUAACUGUUUGUGACACUGAAAUGUGUGUAUGAGAAAGAACUAGUCAUAUCUGUAAGAUGGUUUAGCAGGCUGGUAGGUUUGUGAUGGGAAGCUGCAGGUUUUGGUGAACAGACUGCAUGUGACAGCUAGGAGUUGGAAAUAACUGUGGUAAGAAUGUCAGAAGGCAACAUGAGGGGGUUAUGUUUCAAAUAAUGGGCAUGGUCUCAUUUAAAAUUUAUAUUGUGACUAUGGUACAUGUUUACUUGUGUCAUGCAAAGAUGGGAGAAAUGAACCGAUUUGUCUUUUAUGAUGUGAGACCUGUGACUUUGACAUGAGGUUCUCAUCAUUUUGAAAGCCUCUCCCCAGUAGGUGAUUGGUUUGGGAUUAAGCUGAACAGGAAGAGGGUAGGGGUGUGGUGUGACUGCUUGAGAGGGCUGAUGCCUGGUUUGGUUUUGAGCUUGUCAAGAAUUGGGGCUGGCAUUGUCCUCCAGGUGUAAUAGUGUACAUAUCUGUACAUUUUGGGGGCUCUGCAGUAUUGUGUGUGUGUGUGUGUGUAUAUAUGCAUUUUUAAGAUACAUUAACAAUAAUUAUUCAUUAAUUGAGAUUCAUAAAGCAGCAUAAUUGGGUCCUUAUUUUAAACUGGCUCGCAAUGUCUUAACAUUUUGUUAAGUACUGUAAAGCAUGACUUCUCCCCAUGAACAUACCUGCACAACAGUUUUUGGGCAGUCUUCCAGGCAUUUAGAUGGUUCAGACUGGGAUUGCAUUGAGUUCUAAUAGCAUGCUGUGCAAAUGAGCUGUCACAUCCCUUUAAGGAUCCUACUCAUCCAUUGAGGGCUCAGAACACUGUGGAAUCUAACAUUUAUAAUGCAAUUAUUUUGAUAAUGAAAUUAAACUGUCAUUACAUUUACAUCACAUUUUUACAUUUAGCAGAUGCUAUUGUCCAGAGCGACUUAUUACAGAAGUUGUGUUUUAUGAUGUUGCAGUCUUCCUGAGCACAUGGUGGUAGAUUAUGUAUUUGAGGGUUUGGUUUAAGAAGCUUUGCUUUCAUUAUAUGUAUGUUAUUGUGUCCAGGAAUCUGAGGUGCUGCUGUGGUCUGACAGUUUAGAGGAGCAAAUAUGUCCUAAUUAUUAAAAAUGUUUAACAAUUGUGCAGAAUUUGAUGUUACGUUAAGCAGAGAGAUAGAAAUCAUGGUAGUGUCAGUGUUUUAAUAAGAUAUUGUAGAAAAUUCUGCCCUGAAAUUCAUAGGAUUAAUGACAGUUCCUUGUACAUUUCACUCUUGUUUUGGGUUUUGAUGACUACCUUCUUGGAUAUGAUUUGAGGAUGUUCAUGCGCAUCAUAUAUUUGGAUACUUUGUGCUUCCAUUAACUGCGAAGUGGAUGUUAGUGAUGACUAGACAUUUUAACUUUUAACUGUUCAGUUUUUACUAUGCUUUUACAAACUUUGUUAUUAACUAAUUUAGCCUCUGUAUGAAUGAAUUUGAAAACCAUCCAGACCAAAUUUAAUCAAGCAGAAUGACAAUCUCAGGAACAAAGUUCCAAUAAACUGUUUCUCACUCCCUUGCCCUUCCUUUCCAUGAAAUGUUUCAGUUAAUGCUUAGUGUUUUUGAUUGCCAGUUAAGGCUUGAAAUGAAUGUAGUCUCUUGGUGGACACACCAGUCCACACUCUUUAGUCCACACCAGUUAGUGAUUUGAAUGUUCUUGUACAGUAGAUUUGUCUUCUACACAUCAAGAUCAUCUUUGAUCUGCAUAGUGUUAUAGGAGAUUUAUUUUUUAUUUUAUCUGAUUUUUUUAUUUUAUAUUCUUUUUUUCUUUGUGCUCCUCUUGUAUCCGUUUGACUGAUUUGGCUUUGAUUUUAUUUGUAUGCUUUUUAUGCUUUUUUAUUUAUUGUAACUCUAGCAUACCUUUUUAUUUCUCUCUAGUUAGUGUUUCCUCUCCCCAAAUUUGUGUGUAUUAAUUUGGGGUAUGUAUUACUUUAGUUAAGACAUGGCCUAAGAAGUACUCUGCAUUGCUGUUUUGGUAGCAGUUCAGUGUUAUUGCUUUACUUAGGCCUGCUUUUUAAAUUCUAUUUGACAUCCAAUAAUGGCUAAACCAUGAGCAGCUAGUGGUGUUGUGAAUUUAAAUGCACUAACCUUGUUUCAAAACAUGAUAACUGUUCUGUAAGUUGUAAUCAUUUAGACACAUGCCUUAUGGAAAGGUGUUGAUUAGGAUUGCUGAUUUUACAGGAUUAGGGUUUUGAUUUUCUUUUUGUCCAACUAUUCUGCUGAAGCUGUGUAGGGAUUUAGGUGACUUAUAGGAUGAGUGAACAAAUGAGACACUGAAUUAUUGAUCUAUAGAUGUUUGAACAAAAAAAAAAAUGUUAAAAGAAAAUAAAGUACAAACUAUCCUUGUUUUACCCCAAAUGUGAUUUGAGUCUCCUGUGCAUGAAUUUUAAACGUCUGUCAGCUCGUUCUGUAGGUUUCGUCCUGAUCCUUUAUUCGCGAUUGUGUGUGUGCAUGUGUGCUCUUCUAUCUCUAAAUAAUCAUUAUUCUGACCAAGCCACAAUUCCAGUGCCUUUAUCUCAGUGUUAAACUUUCCUACUUAAAGAAAGUGAGUUGGAUGAACACAAUUCAUGUAACUGAAUAAAACAGGCUUGUUGGUUGUGAAAUUGUGAGCACAAGGUCUUUUAAAGACAAAAUGCCGUUUAUGUACAUUUAGCUCUGGAGGCUAGAAUAUGGCUUUAGAGAAUGUGAGUUUGUUGUGUGCGUAUUUGCUUAUGUGUAGUUGAAUAAGUAGUAGAUGUUUUAGCCUGACCUUAUACUACUGUUUCAGAUCAUGAGAUUGGCAUCCAGCUUUAUGAUAAUUUCAAACGUGAACUGGGAUGAUGUGGGUUCAGAGUCUGGGGACUGUUGAAUCAUUGCUAAUCAAAAAUGUAUUAAAAUAUAAAUAUAUUUUUAACAA